AUGAGAAAAUCCCAUAGUUUUCUCCUCUUUUACUGUGCUUUUAUUUUUGUUCUUGGCCUAUCCCAAGCUGAUCAAUCAACAAUUAGCCACCUCCAGCCUCAAGCUGUUGAGUCUUUCAAUCUCAGUUUAAUCCAGAAUGUAGCGAGCUGUUACUACACGGUGGUUAUUACAACAAGCUGUUCGUCUCCAAGAUAUACUCGUGAUCACAUUAGUAUUGCUUUUGGUGAUGCUUAUGGCCAUCAGAUUUAUGCACCAAGGUUGGAUGAUCCAUCUACAGGAACAUUUGAACGGUGUUCCUCCGAUACAUUUCAGAUAGCUGGACCAUGUGCGUAUCAGAUAUGCUAUGUCUAUCUCUACAGAAGUGGCCGAGAUGGUUGGAAGCCUGGCACAGUGACUAUUUCUGGUUAUUAUUCAAGGACUAUUACAUUUACCUACAAUAAUUUCAUCCCCAGAGACGUUUGCCAUGCUGCAGAAGACUCGCUGUUGAUCGUCAAGGUGGGAGCCAUAGAGGCUGUCCAUAGUCCAUACAACUGGACUAUUUGUCGAAGACAGUUGAGGGGCUAUAUCGCCUCAAAAUUUGAGGUCUUGACAGGCAGGUCAAAUCUUCCUAGUCCUAGAGAGAUUCGAACCUAG